AUGGCUGUGAUGGAGACAACUCAGGCUGAGGAAUCACGUCCAUGUUUCGCUCCAGAUCGUCCCGUCUUCCAGAGGACAGAGAAGGGAAAUGGCUGUGAUGGAGACAGUUCAGUGGGAUUGCGGCUGGGGCAGCAGAUGCUGAGUGGGGGAAUCUUGUUGUUUCAGAUGCCGGUGACCUUCGAGGAGGUGGCUGUGUAUUUCACCCAGGGGCAGGGGGCUCUGCUGGACCCCGCUCAGAGAGCCCUCUACAGGGACGUCAUGCAGGAGAACUACGAGACGGUGACCUCACUGGGAUUCCCCUUUCCCAAACCUGACCUAAUCACCCAGCUGGAACGAGGGGAAGAGCCGUGGGUGCCCGAUCUCCAGGCCUGCGAGGAAAGAGAGAUCUCAAGAGGUGCCCACACAGGUAACGAGACAGUGAGUGAGAAAAAGGAGGGGAAUCAACAACAGGAAGUUCCUGGGCACGGAGAACCACAGGAGACCUUUGUGGGAAGAGCUGCAGGGAAUUUUUCCCAGUGGUUGGAACAGGGAGAAGCCUGGGGAAAUUGGCAGAGGUCAGAGAGGCUGCUGAGAAACUACUCAAGGGAGCAAAUGGAUGAAUUUAUUAUCUGUGGGGAAGGAUACAGGGAUCCCACAGCCCAGCAGACAAUCCCUAGGGAAGACAAACACCAUGAAUGCCUUGGUUAUGGAAAAGGAUUCGUUCUGGGACCACAGUUUGUUUCACCUCAGACAAUUCAUACUGGAGAGAAAUCACUUCAGUGCUUGGACCAUGGAAGAAGCCACACGGGACAGAAACCCUAUCAAUGCCUUAAGGGCAGGAACUCUUUGAAUUGGAAGUCAGCACUGACUACACAUCAGAUAAGCCACAUAGGAGAGAAACCCCAUAAGUGCUUGGCCUGUGGGAAAAGUUUCAUACAUAGGUCAGCCCUUGUUAAUCAUCAGGCAAUCCACACUGGAGAGAGACCUCAUAUGUGCUUAGACUGCGGAAAAAGUUUCAUAUGGAAGUCAGGCCUAGUUAAACAUCAGGCAAUCCACACUGGAGAGAGACCCCAUAAGUGCUUGAACUGUGGGAAAAGUUUCAUACGUAGGUCAGUCCUUGUUAAUCAUCAAGCAGUCCACACAGGAGAGGGAUCCCAUAAGUGCUUAGACUGCGGAAAAAUUUUUAUAUGGAAGUCAGCCCUAGUUAAACAUCAGGCAAUCCACACUGGAGAGAGACCCCAUAAGUGCUUGAACUGUGGGAAAAGUUUCAUACGUAGGUCAGCCCUUGUUAAUCAUCAGGCAGUCCACAUGGGAGAGAGACCCCAUAAGUGUUUAGACUGUGGAAAAAGUUUCAUAUGGAAGUCAGGCCUUGCUAAUCAUCAGGCAGUCCACACUGGAGAGAGACCCCACAAGUGCUUGGACUGUGGGACAAGUUUCAUACAGAAGUCAGACCUUUUAAAACAUCAGGCAAUCCACACAGGAGAGAGUCCCCAUAUGUGCUUAGACUGUGGGGAAAGUUUCAUACAGAAGUCAGACCUUUUAAAACAUCAGGCAAUCCACACAGGAGAGAGACCCCAUAUGUGCUUAGACUGCGGAAAAAGUUUCAUAAAGAGGUCAUACCUUUUAAAACAUCAGGUAAUCCACACAGGAGAGAGACCCCAUAAGUGCUUAGACUGUGGAAAAAAUUUUGUAUGGGAGUCAGCCCUUGUUAAUCAUCAGGCAAUCCACACAGGAGAGAGACCCCAUAUGUGCUUAGACUGUGGGAAAAGUUUCAUACAGAGGUCAGCCCUUGUAAGACAUCAGGCAGUCCACACAGGAGAGAGAUCCCAUAAGUGCUUAGACUGUGGGAAAAGUUUCAUACACAAGUCAAAUCUUAAAACACAUCAGAAGAUCCACACAGGUGAGAGAUCCCAUAAGUGCUUAGACUGUGGAAAAAAAUUUAUAUGGAAGUCAGCCCUUGUUAAACAUCAAGCAGUCCACACAGGAGAGAGAUCCCAUAAGUGCUUAGACUGUGGGAAAAGUUUCAUACACAGGUCAAAUCUUAUAACACAUCAGAAGAUCCACAGAGGUGAGAGCUCCCAUAAAUGCUUAGAGUGUGGAAAAAAUUUUGUAUGGAAGUCAGCCCUUGUUAAACAUCAAGCAGUCCACACAGGAGAGAGAUCCCAUAAGUGCUUAGACUGUGGGAAAAGUUUCAAACGCAGGUCAAAUCUUAUAGCACAUCAGAAGAUCCACACAGGAGAGAGACCCCACAAGUGCUUGGACUGUGGGACAAGUUUCAUACAGAGGUCAGACCUUGUUAAACAUCAGGUAAUCCACACAGGAGAGAGACCCCACAAGUGUUUAGACUGUGGGAAGAGUUUCAUAAGGAGAUCAACCCUUCUUAAUCAUCAGGCAAUCCACACAGGAGAGAGACCCCAUAAGUGCUUAGACUGUGGGAAGAGUUUCAUAAGGAGAUCAACCCUUGUUAGACAUAAAGUAGUCCACACAGGAGAGUGACCUCAUCAGUGCUCAGACUGUGGGAAAAGAUUCAUGCAGAGUUCAACCCUUGUUAAACAUCAGGCAAUCCAUACAAGGGGAAGACCAUAAGUGCUUGGACCUUGGGAAAGUUUCAGAAUCAGAUCGGCCGUUUUAAACAUCAGGCAAAACACACGUAGUGUUUAGACUAUGGAAAAACAUUUCAAAUAGAUGUCAGCCCUUCUUUUACAUCAGAGAAUCCACCCAGGGAGACACCCUGUAACUGCUUAGCCUUUGGAAAGAGUUUUAUACACAAUCAAACAUUGUUAAACAUCCAGCAAUCCACAUUGGGGAGAGACCCCAUAAGUGCUUUGACUGUGAGAAACAUUUCAGAAACUGAUCAGUCCUUGUUUUACAUCAAAGAAUCCACACAAGAGCAAGACUCCAUAAGUACUGGACUGUGACAAAAGUUUCAGACAGUGAUCAGACGUCAUUAAACGUUGGAGAAUUCACACACAAACUAAACUUCUGAGAUACCUGCCAGAAAGAGUUAAGAACCUUGCAGGCUAUUUGGCCUAGAUUCAACAUUUAAAGACAUGUCAGAAAAGUUUGUAAAUGAUGAUUGGGGCCAUUCCAAGUUAUAUAGACUAGAACUUUGAAUGUGAACUUGUAUUGUUAAAAUCUUGGAAGAAGAUAGUAGUGUGGUUGAUUAAUUACAAUUAACUCAAAAAAUAAUGGUGUGUAUUUAAACUCAGAAAUAAAGCAAUUAAAAACUUUAGAGCCUAGAAGUCCACUCAGUGCUACUUCUUUUUCUGCUAAUCGCUAAGACAAGUAAGUUUGUUUACAUUUACGGGAGAUAAUGCUGCCUGUUUCUAAUUUAUGAUGUCACCUGAAAGUCUGGCACGUUUAGCUGGCAGUGCAGAUAUUUAUGUGGAAGAUAUACUAAACAUGCCUAUGUACCUUCAUGCUUCGGCAUUCCAGUGGACAUGCUUCCAUGCUGACAAUGCUCUUUAAAAAAAAAAAAAUUCAUUAGAUACAUUUGUGAUUGAACUUCUUGGAGGACAAUUGUAUGUCCCCUGUUCUGUUUUACACACAUUCUGCCAAAUAUUUCCUAUUAUAAAAGUCACGGAUAAUGACCUAGCACCUAUUAAUUUUAAGGACACUUUCACUGCUGAUUUGAGAAAAUGCAAAGAAAGUAAUAAUCUGAGAUUUCUAAAGAUAGCUACAGCUUUCGGCCAAAGGGUUAAGAAUCUGAAGUAACUUCCAAAAUCUGAGAGGGACGAGGUGUGGAGCAUGCUUUCAGAAGUCUUAAAAGAGCAACACUGCGAUGCGGAUGCUACAGAACUCGAACCACAAAAAAAGAAAAUCAACCUUCUGCUGGUGGCAUCUGACUCAGUUGAUGGAAAUGAACAUGCGUCAGUCCACUCUGCUUUGGAUCAUUAUCUGUUAGAACCCGUCAUUAGCAUGGAGGCAUGUCCUCUGGAAUGGUGGUUCCAGCAGGAAGGGACACAUGACUCUUAUGGCAUCUGGCACAUAAAUAUCUUGCGAC